AUGCCGCCCCCAGCCCGCGCGCGCCCGCUCAAAAAGGACGACUUUGAGCCGACGCUGAAGAAGCUCAAGACAUCCGUCUACCAGGACAGCCUGCGCCCGGCCGCCGUCUCGUCGUCACACUACAUUCGCUCCAUAUCAUGGAACGCGUCGGGCACCUUUAUCGCGACGGGAGCUGCAGACAAGACGCUGCGCAUCUGGAACCCCGAGAAGACCAAUGUUAAGAACUCGACCGAGCUGCGCACGCCAAAUGUGCCCCCUCUCACCAACCUCGAACGCGUCUCCUUCCACCCCAUCAACGAAAACGAACUGGCAAGCUGCGGCUCCGAUGGCAUGGUCCGAUUCUGGGACAUCCGCUCCAAAGCCAGUGUCGGCGAGGUCAAGGUUGGCGAGCAGCCAUUUACCCUUGCAUGGACCCCUGAUGGCAACGACAUUGUUGUGGGAAGAAAGGACAACCUCCUCGUCAACGUCGAUCGGGCAGCCCUCAGCAUCGUCUCGGAACAUCGCCAGCCCCUCCAGACCAACCAGUGUGUUUUUGACUGGUCUGGCAACCACCUCUACUCGACCGCCGGUGAUGGCAGCGUAAGACUCCUGCGAUAUCCAUCGUUUGAAAACGCCCUCACGCUCAAUGCCCAUACUUCGGCAUGUUACGCUAUUUCCAUAUCACCCAGCGGUGAGUACCUGGCCGCUGGCGGUGGAGAUGCAUUGGUUUCGCUUUGGGACACACAGGAAUGGAUUUGCGUGAGAACCUUGGAGUUGGCUGGAGGCCUCGUCAAGACGGUUGACUUCUCCUUUGACGGCAGCUACAUCACAGCGGGCUCGGACGAUAAGGAAGAAAAGAAGAUCCGCAUUGCACACGUUGAGACGGGUGAGAUUGUCCAUACAAUCGAUGUUCCAACACCAGCAGCCCAUGUCGCAUGGCACCCUUGCCGGUAUAUAUUAGCCUACUCAGCCGACAACCUUGGGCUGAAGAUUAUUGGGGGGCCAAGCAAUCUCUUCUCCGCCAAAGGACUGGUAGUAGUCAUUACCGGUGGCGGAAGUGGUCUUGGACUUGCCAUUACUUCCGCGCUCUACCAGAACGGUGCCGAGAAGAUCUAUAUUCUCGGUCGCCGACAAGAGGUACUUCGCAAUGCUAUCAACAAGCUCCAAUCCGACACGGCAUACAAGCCUCACAGCACCUCCAUCCUUAAAGACAUAGUAUGCGACGUAACCAAUCUCGAGUCUGUAAAAGCUGCUGCCGCGUUUAUCAAGGAAGACACUGGCUAUGUAGAUGUCCUGAUCAACAACGCUGGCGUCAUUGGCCCAAGGAAUGGACAAGAUAUAUACAAGGCAGAGUCAAUCCAACAGCUGGCAGACACAAUGGUAACGGGCUGGGAUGAUUGGGGCAGUACCAUGGCCAUCAACACCCAAUCCGUCAUUGGUGUAUCGGCAACUUUCCUGCCUCUCCUCGAAGCAGCCAACACGCGACGCGGAUGGGCACCUGGGAAAGUCACGGGCACCGGCAACCCUCGCCAACGCGACAGCUCAAAACUCUCUCAGAGCGGCAUUGAUUGCGACGACGACCGCAUGGCCCACAUCAUCACCGUCGCAUCCGUCGCCUCAUACAUGCGCUGGAUCUCGGCUGGCCUCGCCUACAACGCCAGUAAAUCCGCCGCAGCGCACAUGGGCAAAAUGAUGAGCACUUUUCUAUCCGAAUGGGGCAUCCGGAGCAACAUUAUCUGCCCUGGCCCAUACCCCAGCGACAUGACGGUCGGCAUCAAACCUGUAUACGGCACAAACCAGAUCCCGCAGGGGCGAAUGGGCAGUGUAAGCGACAUCGCAGGCUUGACACUGUUCCUGGUGGGCAAGGGCGGUGCAUAUAUCAAUGGAACGACGCAGCUUACCGACGGGGGGAGACUGGGCAUGUUUCCGGCUACGUAUUGA